AUGGGCUGGGUGCCGAGGAACGGCAGCGAGCAGGGCCCGUACCAGGCUGUGGGCAGAGCGCUGGGCAUGAGGAACGCCUCGGCGGGGCCGCUGGUGUGGCAAGGCGGGAACGGCAGCGGGGCCGGCGCCGCGCAGGGCGAGGAGCACGGCGAGGAGCAGACCUACCGGCACUUCACCACCACCGUGCAGGUCGUCAUCUUUGUGGGCUCCCUGCUGGGUAACAUCAUGGUGCUGUGGUCGACUUGCAGGACGUCAUUGCUGAAGUCUGUCACAAACAGGUUCAUUAGGAACCUGGCCUGCUCGGGGAUCUGUGCCAGCCUGGUCUGUGUGCCUUUUGACAUUGCUCUCAGUGCCAGUCCACACUGCUGCUGGUGGAUCUAUACCAUGUUCUUCUGCAGAAUUGCCAAGUUCCUGCACAAAGUCUUCUGCUCAGUGACCAUCCUUAGUUUUCCAGCUAUUGCUCUUGACAGGUACUACUGUGUUUUAUACCCCCUGGAGAGAAAAAUAUCUGAUGCCAAAUCCCGAGACCUGGUCAUCUACAUCUGGACCCACGCAGUAGUGGCUAGCAUCCCAGCACUCGCCGUGACCAAUGUGUCUGAUAUUUAUGCCAUGUCCACCUGCUCUGAGUCCUGGAGCUACUCCCUGGGGCACCUGAUCUACGUCGUCACCUACAACAUCACCACUGUGAUCGUGCCGGUGGCUGUGGUGUUCCUCUUCACCAUCCUCAUCCGCAGGGCACUGAGUGCCAGCCAGAAGAAGAAGGUGAUUAUCGCCGCCCUGAGGACCCCCCAGAACACCAUCUCCAUCCCCUACGCCUCACAGCGAGAGGCUGAGCUCCAGGCCAUGCUGCUCUCCAUGGUGGUCGUCUUCAUCUUCUGCAGCGUGCCCUACGCUGCCCUGCUGAUCCACCGCUCCAUGCUCCACACGCCGCGUGUCUCAGGCUCCCUGCUGCUCACGGCCAUCUGGCUGCCCAAGGUGUCCCUGCUGGCCAACCCCCUGCUCUUCCUGACAGUGAACAGGUCAGUGCGGAGGUGCCUGCUGGGGACAGUGCUGCAGCUGCACCGCAGGUACAGCCGCAGGAACACUGUCGGUGCCAGGGGUGCUGCUGACGGGAGCCUGGAGCCCAGCCUGCGCUCGGGCAGCCAGCUGCUGGAGAUGUUCCACAUUGGGCAGCAGCAGAUCUUCAAGCCAACAGAGGACGAGGAGAAUGAGACCAGAUCUGUUGGCUCCAGUGACUCCCCACAAAAGGAAGAUCCUGCUGGUGGUUCUGAGGUCGGAGGAACUUUGGUUCAAAGAUUGAUGGCACAGACGGCUUCAGACUCUGCUGCUCAGGUGGCACCAGCUGUUCCCACAGAUGCUGAGGCAGUACAUGACAAAUACUCCAUGCACUUUGGGUUUGGACCCUUUGAGCUGCCUCCACAGUGGCUUUCAGAAAACAGAAACAGUAAGAAGCGACUCCUGCCUCCUCUGGGGAACACCCCUGAGGAGCUGAUCCAGACAACACAACCCAGGGGAAAAGCAGAAAAGAAAAUCAGCAGGAACAAUAAAGUCAGCAUCUUUCCCAAAGUGGAUUCUUAGUAAGAGCAGCAGAUGGCAGUGACAGAGGAGGGUCACCUUCUGCUCUCUGUGUGAUCCCAUGGAUCUUCGUUACGCUGAGAUUUGUUCCAGGCUGAUUGGUUUUGGUGCCAAAUGGAACUGAAACAAAGAGAA